GCUGCGGCUGUCCGGAGGGAGGCGCUUAUCUGAUUCUGGGUCAUUUGCACACGUGAGAGGAGUCCAUAUAACUGAUGGGGAUGAGAGCUGAAGCUACCUCCACCAGCACCUGUUAGCAUCACUGUCCAGACACUCUUGGCCGCCUUCUUUGUCCUUCCUGCUGUAAAACUGAAAAUGUCCCCCCUGCAAGAAGCUAUGGUGAGCCUCAUUGAAGUGUUCUACUCCUAUUCGGGGAGAGAAGGCGACAAGUUCAAGCUGAACAAAGGAGAGCUGAAGAACCUGUUACAGGAAGAACUCACACUGGCAACCAGCAAGGACACCGCGAUGGUUGAGAAGAUACUGAAUGACCUGGAUGAAAACAAGGACGGUGAAGUGGACUUCCAGGAGUUUGUCGUUCUGGUCGCUGCAAUGACUGUCGCCUGCAAUGAAUUCUUCAUGGACUGUGAGAAGAGCUGCAACAAAGGCAAGUCGGAGGACCAUGGUGCGAAGAAAGACUGAUGCCCCAACUUCAUACAAUUUCUAUACUAACAAAGUUGGUCAUGUCUUUAACCACAACACCUUAUGAUGUUGCAAAAGAUUCAUCACUGUUAACCAGUGUUUUUUUUUUUUCUUGUCCUUCCCAAAGUCUUUGAUCUUAAUAAAAAUGUUCUCCUGU